CCUUGGCCUCCUAUAAAUCUCACCCACGGCUGCCCCGCACUCCCAACGGGAGACACCAACCGGAGUGGCCAAGCGCUUCGCCCAGUGCUCCGCACACAGUAAGCGCUCAAUAAAUACGAUUGACUGACUGAGUGGACGCGGUCCCCCGGGAUGGCGGUGGCCAAUUUGCGCUACAGCACGGGCAUCUCCAGCGGCUUCAAGGUCUACAUCCUGGAGGGCCCCCCGAGCCUGAAGGCCGACCCCAGGCUCCGCCUCCUGCCCCGCCCACGCAUCCCCAUCUACCCAAUCAAACGCCAGCUCAGCCCGGAGCCGCGACGAGCCGGCCAAUCCCCGCAGGCGCCGCGGCGAGCCGGCCAAUCCCCGCAGGCGCCGCGGCGAGCCGGCCAAUCCCCGCAGGCGCCGCGGCGAGCCGGCCAAUCCCCGCAGGAGCCGCCGCCCGCCAAGGUGCGGAGAGCAGAGCCCCGCCUCCCCGCCUGCCUUCAGGCUUCUUCUGAGCGACCGGGCUGGGAGGCGGAGCGGGGGGCUAUGAAGGCAGAUCCCCCCACGGUGAGCCCCCGGCCCCUCCCGGAGAAGCCGGCCGGACCCCUGGGGGCUCUGCCGCCCUCCGUGCUGCAGCAGAUGCGGCCUUCCGUGAUCACGCGUCUGCCCUCCUUGCCUCGCCCGAGCCCCGCCCCGGCCCGCCACAGAGAGUUUCCUGUGCUGCUGGAGUCCCCCUUGGCUUGGGGCCUGGACCGAGAAGUGCCUCUACUCUGCCUGGAACCCCGCUGACCCGGAGGCCACCAGCCUAGAGGACCAAGAGCCCCACUCGGCCCGGCCCUUGUACAUAGUUAUUUAUUGGUGGAAGGAUCCCUGGUGCCCAGCUGC